AUGAUCAGAGGCGGCAGAAGACCGAUUGUGAGCUCGCUCAACCAGCCGGUGGUGCUGCAUGUGGCGGGGCCGCCACAACACCUGGACAAGGACUCAGCGUUGCGGUUUUUGUCGGUGUUCAUCGAGGAAAAGGAGACUGCGGCGGUGCUGGGGGCGGCAGGCGGAGCGGUGGUAACGUCGGGCGGCGUAGGCAGCGAGGGCGGGGUCGACACCGCGCUGUCGAGCGCGUUGGCGCAGCUGAAGCGCAUGGAGCGGGACCUGAAGGGCCUGCCGCCGACGAUCCUGAGCGGUGCGGACGAGGAGGAGCGCGAGGAGGAGCCGGAGGCGGUUGUGGGGGAGACCGUGAGCCGCAGCGCGACGGGCGGGACGAAGCGGCGCUUUGCGGAUGAGGAGGCGGAGAAGGCGGAAGAGGCGGCGACGGCCGCCUCGGACGACGAGGAGGCGCCCAAGAAGGCGCGGAAGUAG